UCAGUCUCUUUCAACCGGAUCGGAGACAAAAUGUCUCACCGCAAGUUUUCAGCUCCACGCCACGGAUCUCUGGGCUUCCUGCCCCGCAAGAGGAGCCGUCGUCAUCGUGGCAAGGUGAAGAGCUUCCCUAAGGAUGACCCCAGCAAACCUGUGCACCUAACGGCCUUCCUGGGCUACAAGGCGGGGAUGACACACAUUGUCCGUGAGGUCGACAGACCCGGCUCUAAGGUGAACAAAAAGGAGGUGGUGGAGGCGGUGACGAUCGUGGAAACUCCUCCCAUGAUUGUAGUUGGUGUCACAGGCUAUGUCCAGACCCCUCGUGGCCUGCGUACCUUGAAGACCAUCUUUGCGGAGCACAUCAGUGAUGAGUGCAAGCGUCGCUUCUACAAAAACUGGUAUAAGUCCAAGAAGAAGGCCUUCACAAAGUACUGUAAGAGGUGGCAGGAUGAUGAGGGCAAGAAGCAGCUGGAGAAGGACUUUGCAGCCAUGAAGAAGUACUGCCAGGUCAUCCGCAUCAUUACACACACCCAGAUGCGCCUGCUGCCCCUGAGACAGAAGAAGUCUCAUCUCAUGGAGGUGCAGUUGAAUGGAGGCUCCAUCUCUGACAAGGUGGACUGGGCCCGUGAGAAACUGGAGCAGGCCGUGCCCAUCAGUACAGUCUUCACACAGGACGAGAUGAUUGAUGUCAUCGGUGUAACCAAGGGUCACGGAUACAAGGGUGUCACAAGCCGCUGGCACACCAAGAAGCUCCCCCGCAAGACUCAUCGUGGUCUCCGUAAGGUGGCCUGUAUCGGUGCCUGGCAUCCUGCUCGUGUGGCCUUUUCCGUGGCCCGUGCUGGUCAAAAGGGCUACCACCACCGCACAGAGAUCAACAAGAAGAUCUACAAGAUUGGCCAGGGUUACCACACUAAAGACGGAAAGCUUGUCAAGAAUAACGCCUCCACAGAGUACGAUCUGUCCAACAAGAGCAUCAACCCCUUGGGAGGCUUUGUCCAUUAUGGUGAGGUGACCAACGACUUCGUCAUGCUGAAGGGCUGUGUGAUCGGGACCAAGAAGAGAGUGUUAACGCUGCGCAAGUCUCUGCUGGUUCAGACGAGCCGCCGUGCCCUGGAGAAGAUCGACCUCAAGUUCAUCGACACCACCUCCAAGUUUGGUCAUGGUCGCUUCCAGACUGCGGAGGAAAAGAAGGCCUUCAUGGGACCACUCAAGAAGGACCGCAUCGCCAAGGAGGAGACUGCUUGAAGUUGUCCAGACGCUGUGCUUCGUCAGUGCUGCACUGUGCUGCAAUGCAGUUUUUAAAUAAAAACCCAUGUAAAAA